AUGGGGAGGCAGCCGUGCUGCGACAAGGUGGGCGUGAAGAAGGGCCCGUGGACGGCGGAGGAGGACCAGAAGCUCGUCGGCUUCCUCCUCACCCACGGCCACUGCUGCUGGCGCGUCGUCCCCAAGCUCGCAGGGCUGCUGAGGUGCGGGAAGAGCUGCAGGCUGCGGUGGACCAACUACCUGAGUCCCGACCUCAAGAGGGGCCUGCUCUCCGACGACGAGGAGAGCCUCGUCAUCGACCUGCACGCGCAGCUCGGGAACAGGUGGUCCAAGAUUGCGGCGCAGCUACCGGGGAGGACGGACAACGAGAUCAAGAACCACUGGAACACGCACAUCCGCAAGAAGCUCCUCCGGAUGGGGAUCGACCCCGUCACCCACCUGCCAUUGAAGGAGCCGCCCGCCCCUCCUCCAGAGCAGGACCAGGAGAAGGAAGAAGAACCGCAGGUGCAAGAGCAGCCGGCGCAGAACGGCGGGAAGCGCAUGCAGGAUGGCGGCGCGGGGCAAGACGACGACAUCACGCCGAUGAUCCAGCAGCACGAGAUCAUGGUCAUGGCGCCGCCACCACCACCGCCGACGGCGGCGGCAAGCAACUGCGGCUCUGCUGUUUCCUCUGCCUCCGCGGGGUCCGCGUCCGUGGUCUCGCCGUCCUGCUCCUCCUCGGCCUCAGCCCCGGCGGCGUCCGGCGUGGAGGCGACGGAGUGGCCGGAGCCCAUGUACCUGUUCGGCAUGGAUGGCAUCAUGGACGCCAGCUGGGGCGGCCUCUUCCCCAGCACUGGCGCAGGCGCUGCCGGCGGCUUCGGCUUGGGCGGCGUCGAUCCGUUCGACCAGUACCCCGGCGGCGGCGGCGGCUUCGAUCAAGACGACCACUGGAUGUGA